CGGCGGGCAGUUGCUGCCGCUUUUGUUGGACUCUCUUUCACUCCGCUGCCGGGCGCCCAUUGUCAAGGAAACAAGAAAAGAAAAAAGAAAAGAAAAAGAAGAUAAAAUUACGGGCAGGCUAACGGGGUAGUUAACCGGGGGUGGGUGGGUGCCGGUUAUUCGGAUUGAUCCGUUUUUAUUCCUUUUUUGUCUUUCUUAUUUUCUUUCAAGGUCAUCUCAGAGAGAUCUUGUUCCUUCUUUGGUGGCAUUCGAGCCGCUGAGGAAUGGCAACAAGUGGUGGAUCAGAUUCCGCAAUGCAGCAACAGGAACACUACAGCUCGUCGCCGUCACUAUCGUCACCGCCCUCUGCACUGUCAGAGCCCGGGUCCCCCACGCGGGUGCUCAACGCCGGCCGAGCAAAUAUUGAGAUGGACGAGAUCAUCGUCGAUCCCAGCUCGGCAGCCCGAUUCACCAUCAUGCAGCAACACCAGCCCGCCGAACAAGCCCCCAACGUCCCGUUGACCGCUGCCGGUCUUCCGCGCAAGAAACCCGGCCGGAAACCGGGCAGCACCGUCAAGCCGAAGCCCCCCGCCGACGGCAGCUCCAACACAACCAACGGCGACGCGCCCAAGCAGCGUCGGCCAAGGAAGCCCAAGGACCCCAACGCCCCUCCCGUCCAGAGGAAGCGCAAGGCGGCAGCGACCGAGGCCGGCGAUGCCAACUCCGAGAUGGACGCACGAUCGGCCUCGGGCCCCCCUCGGCAGACCAAGAUCACCGAACUCACCCCAAUGCGCAUGGCCCUGGAUGCGCGCUCUGCGCCCACCGAUAUCGGGUUCGCGCCCACCGCUCCCAAGCGCGAGAGCGCCUCCGGGUCCAUGAACAUGAUGAACCUCCUCAACGAGGAACCCCAGCCGAAACCGCAGCCCGCUCCGCCGGCCAGGCAGAUGUUUGAUCCCAUCAGGGGCAACUACGACCCGAUCAGGGAAUCCGUGGCGACGCGUGACCCUUACGGCACGGGGCCCCAUGGCUCGCCGCGCGCGCCCACCCAGGUGGUCAACCGGGCCAGCGCAUCGCCCUCGAUCGCCAGCCUGGUAGACCCCCAGCCGGCGCCCAGCGCCAUCUCUCCUCGCCCCGCCUACACAAACCCCACGUCUCAGCCGCGCUAUCAAGACUCGACAUCCAUGCCGCCCUCACCUUCCGACGUGGCCCGGAACGCGUCUCAGUCGGCUGCCAAGCCCACCACCCUGACCGAAGCCAGGCGACCUCCGCCGCCUCCCCCGGCGCCUCCGACGGCCAGCAAGCCGGAAUCCAAAGUGACCACUUCGUUUACUAGCAUGGCUUCGGCACCGAGCGCCACGUCAUCCGGCCCAACGGCCGCCCCGACGGCCGCUGCGGCAGCCGCCCCUGCAGCCGCCCCGCCCGCGGCCGCGCCGAGCAAGAAGAUCGCCGCGGUCGUCCAGCAAGAGCGCGAGUCACAAAAGAAGACGCGCAGCUCCUCCUCUUCUUCCCCCAAGCUCAACAGCCUCAAGGACGCGCUCCCGCCCUUGCCCGGCGGCGAGCGCUCCAUCCUCGACUUCGGCAAGGCGCGCCCGGGCGAGGAGGCCGAGGCGCCCAACAUCUCGCUGCACAUCCCGCUCAACCCGGGCGAGUGCAACAGGUACGUCAAUUUUAUGCGCAUGGCCGAGGAGCGCUACGGCUGGGACGCGCUGCACCCGCGCCUGGCCGCCAGCCGCGAGCGCAAGGCGCGCAUUGCCGCGGCUACCGCCGCGCUCGAGAAGACGGGCAGCGGCCGCGACUCGAGCGCCGAGGAGAUGGACGAGGAUAUCCUGCAGGGGUCCGAUGCCGGCGAGAGCAACGCCGAGAUGCAAGGGAACGGGAACGGGACCGGGACCGGCGCGCCGGCCAAGCCGGCCAAGAAGAAGCGCAACUUCAAGGAGGACGAGUACGACAAGGACGACGACUUUGUCGACGACUCGGAGCUGCUCUGGGAGGAGCAGGCCGCCGCGAGCAAGGACGGCUUCUUUGUCUACUCGGGCCCGCUGAUCCCCGAGGUCGAGAAGCCGGCCGCGUCGGAGGAGCGGCCCAGGCGGGGGCGCGGCGGGCGCGGCAGGGGAAGCCGCGGCGGCGGCGGCACCGUCAGGGGCGAGGGGAGCGGACGCGGGAGGGGAGGAGGCGGGCCGGGCUCGCGAGGCGGCACCGUCCGGAAGCCGAGGAUCACGAAGCUGGAGAAGGAGCAGCGCGACCGCGAAAAGGCGGAGCGCGAGAAGCUGGCCCAGAUCACCACCUCCAAGACGGGCACGGACUCGCCUGCCUCGAGCCUCCUCUCGCUUGGUGCACCCUCGUCAACUCAGGGGGCCACGCCCAGCAUGGCGAUGUGAUUGUGUGAUAUUUGGCCUUUUUUUUUUGUGGCUGUACGUACGUACACGGUAAUUUGGAAGGGGGAGGGUCUAGCAUCGAGUUCUCACGGGGGGUGUAUGUGUGUGUGUGUGUGUGUGUGUAUCAUCAUCCAUGGGAGAGGUUAUACGGGGAAAGGCAUCUGCCUGCAGGCCGGGGCAUCGUGUCGUUAGCGUCUUUGCAUUUUUUUUGGGG